AUGUUAACUGCUAUCCCAUUGUUUUUUCUUCUGCCUCUCGCAUUUGCAGACAAUGUGGAUAUCGAAGAAUGUGUUAAACUAGUUGGAAAUGAUCAUAAAAAACGACCAACUGUGGAUUCUUGUCCAGAGGAUCCCGUUUGUUCAACGAUAUUUGUCUUUAAUCCUCCUGCUGAUAUAGCAAACAAUUUGAAUAUGCAAAUAUUCAAAAAUCUAACCAAAAUCUUUUGCACUGCAGGUAAUGCAACUUCGUCGUCAACUUGCACCGAUUUACAUCCUCAAUGUCAAGCAAAUGCACGGUAUUGCAAUAUCGGCGACUAUGCCGUUGUAAUGAGAAGAGUUUGCAGAUUAACUUGUCAUCAUUGCACUCCUUAG